CCGUCGCUAUAACCAUCGAUGUAAACUAUAAUGGAGGGUAUGCAAAAAAAAUCUACCAAAAUGAUUUCUAUUAAAAUGACAAUGUAACAGCUAAUUUGACUGAAAUAAUUGACAGAAAUUGGCAAAUAAAUAGGUGGCAAAAUGGAUCCACCAGCAGAACCUGUAGUGACAGGAAAUGCACCAAAUUCUCGACCAAACAGUUCAAGGGCUGGCUCCAGGAACUCUGUCAAGUUUCCAACAUCUAAUCCGUUGCCACCAAUUGGUGCAAAAGGUGACCAUCAACCCAAAGAAGAAUCUGAUUCAGAGACUGAUUCAAUCCUUAGUGAUGAUGACAUAGGAAAGGGAGAUGAUGACACAAGAUCAACAAAAUCAAAUAUUUCAAGAGUAUCAUCAGCAUCUUUAGACAAACCAGGGACAGGAAGUGCUAGACCAUCCAUAGUUCGAGGUUUUAAACGUGAGAUAUCAGUUGAUAGAGAUUCUGAUGAUGAACGUUCCUCGAGAAGAUCUGUAACAUUCUCAGGAGACAAAUCUAUGGCAAGUAAAGAGACAAUGGAAAAAGUUACAUAUGAUGGAAGAAAAAUCACCUUUAUUACUCUGAAUACUCAAACUGACUGGGAUUGGUAUCAAGAUCAUGGAGAAGAAGCUAAAAUUUUAACAGGCAGAUCAAAAAAAUUCUCCUUGAGAUCUUCAAUAUCUAGUCGAGGCUCUAAAGGUACACAGUCACAGCAUGAGGAUGGUCGGGAUAGUCCUUGGUCUCCAACAGGUAAACCAGAAGAAGAGGAUGUGAUAAAACCAAGUCCUCCUACCCCUGAGGAGUAUGGGAUACCACAGUUAGACCUUAGUGAUAGUGAUUCAGACUCUAGUUCUGAUGAGGACAGCUAUAGGAGGCAUCACGAGGAGGAGGAUUAUAAUUAUAUGCCAAGUAUUGGGCCUCCUAAUAUCUUACAGUAUAAUAGAGAAUCAGAAAAGAAAGAAUUUGAUGUGGAAGAUCCAGAUGCUCGUUUGAUUGAGGAUGAGGUUGAUGACGAUUUCCCUAAAGAUGACCGUGGAUUACAAUAUGGAAUAUUUGGUGGUAUAUGUGAAUUUUGUGGACAUGAUAUACAACCUUUCCCAACCUUAGAACAGCAGUUAAAUUUCCCACCGGAUCAACUUUUCUGUUGUGACCGGUAUAGGGAAUUCUUUGAUUUUGCAACAACAACUGCAUUUUCAAUGGCAGAAGAACAGAAGAAGAAAUCAAAGAUGAUCAAUAUCAAAUCACAUGGUCCAUUUUCUGACAAGAAAGCAAAAAAAGCAGCCCAAGAACGAGCAGAGAAAAGAGGAAGAGCCUACGGUCAGCCAUGGAUGAAAGAUAGAGAAAUGGCCCGUAGACAACAAGAAGUAUCUGGAAUGUCAACACAGUCUAACUUUAUGAAUUCGGGGGCAGCAGCAUCUGUUGCCCGAGGUAGACCAGGAGUAGCUCCUCCACAGCCGAUUGUCGCUCGUCAAGUCAAGACUAUAAAAUACCAACUGUCAUCACAGAUGUGUUUAAAUGAAGGAUGGACAAUUAGACCUCCAAGUCCUGUUCUGCCAGAUGAUGACAAUGAUGUGUUCACACCAGAACCAUUAGAUCCUGCCAUGAUUGCUGAUGGAAAGUGGAGAGAAAGACCAAUGAUAGAAAAGUUUUACGAAGAUGAACAGAAAUUUGUUACGUUGUUUCCAGAUGGUACAGGAAAUGUUUUUUAUCCUAGUGGGAAUUUAGCUAUUCUGGUGUCAUCAGUUAAAUUAGGGCAGUAUCAUUAUGUUUUACAUGAUGACCAGCCAAUGCCUAAAACAAUAUCGACCUUUGACCCUGCAGGAUAUGGCAGUUGUUACCAUACAAAUGGAACAGUAAGAUUAUACUUGGACCAGAUGGGAGGUGUAGAGUUGGAUGAUACAGGUGCCAAGAAAAAGAAAUGGUCCUGGAAAGACCAAGAAACUCAUGUGCAUGCCCCACCAUUCCAACCUAUCUGUUUUGCUCUCAAUAAAAACAUGGCUGUGCGAGUAAUGGGACAGGAGAACAUAGCUGUUACAUUUAGUGCCAAACAGAGAAGUUGUAGAUUUAAUGUGGGAACCAAACUUAAGUUGGUGGCACCAGAAAAUAUACCUCCAAAAGAAAUAGAUGAUAAUGCAAUAUUCCUGAGUGAGAAGAAACUCAGAGUAGAGACUUUAUUAGAUAAAGUAGCAACACUAUUGAAAUUCCCAAAUUCUCCUAAAAUAGAUAAAAUCUUGCCUCCGUUACAUUUGACAUCAAAAAGUCUGAAGACAGAAAGAAUGAAGAAAGAAAGAGCAGACCAAAUCACUGCACAACAGAACAAAAAACCAGGAAAACCUAUACUUGUUGUUAGUUGAUGUGUUAGAUAUUAAAUAAUGGUAGAUUUUUUAUUUAAUUAAAUUUAAAUGAUUUGUUCAGGACUUUUCAAAAAAUUGUAACUGAAAGUGGAAAGGUGGAACUGUCUGCAUAACAAAAAAGUUUAAAGAGUGAUCAAAAUCGUUCAUGUGUAAAUCUGCUGGUUACUUCAGUCCUCUUGCACACCCUUAUAAAAAUAAGAUGGUUUGUUCAUUUAUUGAUAUGUCAAUUAGCAACAUGGACAUUUUGGACAAAGCACAAUACGAGAUGACUAUCAUAAAACAACUAAAGUAUAUAAUAUUUUACAGAAUUAAAGUUGAAAAAUAUUGUUUCUAUAAGGUUGUUUUAACCUUACAUAGUCUACAUUGUGUAAUAUACUUGUAUAUACAUAGAGAAACAAAUUGUUAUUUAUUGUACAUACUUAGAAAACUGUGUAAUAUACUUGUACAUACUUAGAGCAACAUACUGUAUAUGUAUAGAGAUAUUUAUAUAUUCAAAACAGUGUGCAAUAAA